AUGUCGUUGCACGAGACAGCUGGGCGGGCUGCGUUUUACCCCCGUCGCGGACACCCUUCCGAGGCCGGCAUUCCGACACACCCAAGCCUUCGUGCUCCUGCCCAGGCUUGCGCUGUACCUCAUUUAGCGCCCCUCGGAAAGCUUCUGGAGCGGUCGGGCGCCGAGCGUGCGGAGGAGGCUUCCCGGGUGCAGCGAAGCCCCCUCCCGCCCGCGGGCCUCGGGGGUGCGCUCGGGCCCCGCCCACUGCGCCGGCGUGGCGUCCGAGGCCCCGCCCUCAGCCCCGCCCCGACCGCGCUUGUCUCCGCCCUCAGGCCCCGCCCCACGACUUCGAGCGCGCGCGUCUCCUCCCGCGGGCCCCGCCCCGACUGCGCAACGCCCGCAGGCCCCGCCCCUCAGUCCCGCCCCGCCCCCAGCCCCUCCCCUGCCGCGCGCGUCUCCGCCCGCAGGCCCCGCCCCCGGCGCGAGCGCGCCCAGCGCCGCCGCCGCCGUUGCCGCCAUUUUGGAGCGACCGAGCGCCGCCCGCGGCCCAAGCCGGCGCUCCGCCCGGCCGGGCCCAUGCGCGUGCAGCCCGCCCGAGGUCGCCCGGGCUUCGCCUCCGCCAGCGCCCUGGCCUCCCCCAGGCCUCUGAGGAGCCGCCGAGACGCCCGACUCGGCGGAGCCGGUGAGUGCGCCCGCCCGCGCGGCUUCCUCAGACCCGGCCCGCGGGCCGGCGGGGGGCGGGGCUCCGGGUCGGCGUCCCCACCCGCUGUCAGGCCCCGUCGUGCCCCCCGCGUCAGUCAGCGCCCCCGUGUCUGCUCCUCCUACCUGCCGGUGCCCCCCAUGUCAGUGCCCCCACGUCAUUCCCCCGCCUGCCAGUGCCCCCCGCCUGCCAGUGCCCCCCGCGUCAGCCAGUGCCCCCACGUCUGCUCCUCCUACCUGCCAGUGCCCCCCGCCUGUCAGUGCCCCCACGUCAUUCCCCCGCCUGCCAGUGCCCCCCGCGUCAGUCAGCGCCCCCGUGUCUGCUCCUCCUACCUGCCAGUGCCCCCCAUGUCAGUGCCCCCACGUCAUUCCCCCGCCUGCCAGUGCCCCCACGUCUGCUCCUCCUACCUGCCAGUGCCCCCCGCCUGUCAGUGCUCCCACGUCAUUCCCCCGCCUGCCAGUGCCCCCCGCCUGCCAGUGUCCCCCGCCUGCCAGUGCCCCCACCUGCCAGUGCCCCCCGCGUCAGCCAGUGCCCCCCGCGUCAGUCAGUGCCCCCCGCGUCAGUCAGUGCCCCCAUGUCUGCUCCUCCUACCUGCCAGUGCCCCCCGCCUGCCAGUGCCCCCACCUGCCGGUGCCCCCCGCGUCAGCCAGUGCCCCCCGCGUCAGUCAGUGCCCCCAUGUCUGCUCCUCCUACCUGCCAGUGCCCCCCGCCUGCCAGUGCCCCCCGCGUCAGUCAGCGCCCCCGUGUCUGCUCCUCCUACCUGCCGGUGCCCCCCAUGUCAGUGCCCCCACGUCAUUCCCCCGCCUGCCAGUGCCCCCCGCCUGCCAGUGCCCCCCGCGUCAGCCAGUGCCCCCACGUCUGCUCCUCCUACCUGCCAGUGCCCCCCGCCUGUCAGUGCCCCCACGUCAUUCCCCCGCCUGCCAGUGCCCCCCGCGUCAGUCAGCGCCCCCGUGUCUGCUCCUCCUACCUGCCAGUGCCCCCCAUGUCAGUGCCCCCACGUCAUUCCCCCGCCUGCCAGUGCCCCCACGUCUGCUCCUCCUACCUGCCAGUGCCCCCCGCCUGUCAGUGCUCCCACGUCAUUCCCCCGCCUGCCAGUGCCCCCCGCCUGCCAGUGUCCCCCGCCUGCCAGUGCCCCCACCUGCCAGUGCCCCCCGCGUCAGCCAGUGCCCCCCGCGUCAGUCAGUGCCCCCCGCGUCAGUCAGUGCCCCCAUGUCUGCUCCUCCUACCUGCCAGUGCCCCCCGCCUGCCAGUGCCCCCACCUGCCGGUGCCCCCCGCGUCAGCCAGUGCCCCCCGCGUCAGCCAGUGCCCCCCGCGUCAGUCAGUGCCCCCAUGUCUGCUCCUCCUACCUGCCAGUGCCCCCCGCCUGCCAGUGUCCCCCAUGUCAGUCAGCGCCCCCGUGUCUGCUCCUCCUACCUGCCGGUGCCCCCCAUGUCAGUGCCCCCACGUCAUUCCCCCGCCUGCCAGUGCCCCCCGCGUCAGUCAGUGCCCCCAUGUCUGCUUCUCCUACCUGCCAGUGCCCCCCGCCUGCCAGGGCCCCCCGCGUCAGCACCCCCGUGUCUGCUCCUGCUACCUGCCAGUGCCCCCCAUGUCAGUGCCCCCAUGUCAUUCCCCCGCCUGCCAGUGCCCCCCGCGUCAGCCAGUGCCCCCAUGUCUGCUCCUCCUACCUGCCAGUGCCCCCCGCCUGUCAGUGCCCCCACGUCAGUCCCCCGCCUGCCAGUGCCCCCACCUGCCAGUGCCCCCCGCGUCAGCCAGUGCCCCCAUGUCUGCUCCUCCUACCUGCCGGUGCCCCCCAUGUCAGUGCCCCCACGUCAUUCCCCCACCUGCCAGUGCCCCCCGCGUCAGCCAGUGCCCCCACGUCUGCUCCUCCUACCUGCCAGUGCCCCCCGCCUGCCAGUGCCCCCACCUGCCAGUGCCCCCCGCGUCAGCCAGUGCCCCCAUGUCUGCUCCUCCUACCUGCCAGUGCCCCCCGCCUGCCAGUGCCCACCGCCUGCCAGUGCCCACCACAUCAGUCAGUGCCCCCCACAUCAGUCAGUGCCCCCAUGUCUGUUCCUCCUACCUGCCAGUGCCCCACGUCAGUGCCCCCUGCGUCAGUGCCCCCGUGUCUGCUCCUCCUACCUGCCAGUGCCCCCCGCCUGCCAGUGCCCCCCGCGUCAGUGCCUCCCGUGUCAGUGCCCCCGUGUCUGCUUCUCCUACCUGCCAGUGCCUCCCGCGUCAGUGCCCCCACGUCUGCUCCUCCUACCUGCCAGUGCCCCCCACCUGCCAGUGCCCCCCGCCUGCCAGUGCCUCCCGUGUCAGUGCCCCCGUGUCUGCUUCUCCUACCUGCCAGUGCCCCCCGCCUGCCAGUGCCUCCCGCGUCAGCACCCCCCAUGACAGUGCCCCCAUGUCUGCUCCUCCUACCUGCCAGUGCCCCCUGCCUGCCAGUGCCCCCCGCAUCAGUGCCUCCCGCUGCCCCCCACAUCAGUGCCCCCACGUCCAUUCCUUCUACCUGCCAGUGUCCCCAUGUCCAGGCCUCCCACCUGUCAGCGUCCUACACUUCAGUGCUCCCCACCUGUCAGUGCCCAUCCACAUCCACGCUUCCCCCACGUCAGUGCUUCCGCAUUGGUGCCCCCACAUCAUUGUCCCCCGCAACAUCUGUACCCCCUGCCUGUCCCUGCCUCCCCACGUCAGUGCCCCCCCCCACGUCAGUGCCACCCAACCUCAGUGCUUUCUGCCUGUCAGUGUUCUCCACAUCAGUGCCCUCUGCCUGUGCUCCCGCGUCAUUGCCCCCAUGUCUCUGCCUCCUGCCUCUCACUUCCCCCACCUCAGUGCCUCCUGCCUGUCAGGGCCCCCCACAUUAGUGCCUCCAUAUCUGGGCCCCCCACCUGUCAGUGCCGCCCCACAUCAGUGCCCCCAUAUCUGCACCCCCCUUCUGUCAGUGCCCACCACAUCAGUGUCCCCUGCCCUGUCAGUGCCUUCCACAUCAUCCAAAGCCCAGCGUCAAGGUUCCCCGGCUGGGAUGCUGCACUCCCGGCUUCAAAAACAGUCAGUGCCUCCCAGUGACUUCUCCUCCCGCCAGCCGCGUCACUGUGCCGCCUGCGCGGACCAGCUGGGCCCCCUCCCGGGGAUGUCCUGCUCAGCUCCCCUGCGCCCAGUCCAAAGCCCCGCGCCAAGGUUCCCCGGCUGGGACGCUGCACUCCUGGCUCCAAAACCAGUUGCUGCCUCCCGCCGACUUCUCCCGCCAGCUGUGUUGCCGCGCCGCCGGCGAAGACCGGCUGGGCCCCCUCCCGAGGAGGCAUUUGGUGGCAGUGACAGCUCUAUCACAGAGUCACACUUUUGCACAGACACCGGGUACAUGUCCCAGGUUGCAGAGCUGGUUAGUGACAAAGCUGGAUUUCCCCGGGCCUGGGCUUCUGUGACUGGGGAGUGCCUUGGCCUGACCUGCCUGCUACCCUCCUGCCCUGAGGGGCUCUUUGGCUGCCUAGGGACCGUGUUUGACUCCCAGGAGGGAAGAGUCGUGGUGAGGGCCAUAGCACCGAGUGAGAAGCGUGAGAAGCGUGCCCCUCCGGAUGUCAGAAGCUCCAUCCUGGACCACGCCAAUGAAUAG